AUGGCGCACGCCCUGCUGCAGCCCACUGCAGUUCUGGUGGGCGAGACCGACUGCGCGCCGGACGCCUUUGCCGCCCGCUGCCUGCUGUCGGAGGGGGUUGCCUUCUUGGUGCGGGCUGCAUCGUUGAAGCCAGAGAAGGUGGCUCCGUUGCGACGCCGACGUUUUCGCAAGGCCUUUGCAAAGCACAAAGACCAAAUCAAAGCCGCCGUCUCUGCCGAGCCAGAGGUGUUCCAGCAGCUGGGCCGCUGGUUGGGCAUCAUGGAUGCAUGGUAUGAGCAGAUGCCUGUGCUGAUGGAUCUCUGUUUGUUGCGUGAUGCCCUGGCCCAGCAUUUGCUGCCGCUGGCAGCCUGGGGUCUGCGGCCCCACCGGCGUCCCAUCCUGGGGCGGGUCAUGCCGCCACCGGAUCCUCCAGAUGCCGUGCUGCGAGACCCUGAGAUCCAGGAGCAGCUGAUGCGGUACUUCGCGGCAGCACCACCCUCACCGGCCGCCCCAGCCUCGCCUGCGAAUGGUGAAGGAUACCCGGCGGAGGUGGAUGCCACUGAGCCCCCGAGGCUAAGCGAGAAAAUCCUGGCAGGGGCACCAGAGGUGCAGGUGGCACCACCAGUGGCACCAGCGGCACCAGUGGCUCCAGUGGCACCAGUGGCACCAGUGGCACCGCUCACACCCAUUUUGAUGGGACGGUUGAGAGAUCCAGAGGAGCAUGACCAGAAGCCGCAGAUUCAUGGUGAUGAUCGACAUGCAGAAAGUGAUUCUGGAACCUUGGACUAUUCUACUGAUGAGGAAGAUGCAGAGGCCAGCACCUCACCUGCCGGUGAAAUUGGCUUCCAGCGAAUCUUGGCUCCAGUUUUGACUUAAUCUCGUUUCACGCCUUGAAUGUUUCUUGGAGUGACAACUGAGCACUCCUUGCAUGAACAGCUGCAGUGGCAGGCUGGCCUGUACAAAGAAUGCAUGAUUACAUGGAACCGUUUUG